AUGCAGUACAUCGUCGUGGAGGUCUCACUGCAUCAGCAUAGCCUCGAACACGACAUCUACGAGGACGACAGCAACGGCAGCUACGAGUACGACAGCUACGGCAGUGACGAAUUCGGCUACAAUUGCGACUUGCCUGGUGUCACGCCUGGUUUGCUUGUACCAGGCGCAUGGCCACCAGCAGCGCUUCAAGAACACGCUGGGCCACAAGAGCAAACCAAGCCACAAGACGGCGUUGGGCCACCAGACAACAUUGGGCCACCAGAGCACACUGGGCUACGAGAGGCGCUGGGCUACAAGAGCGCGCUGGGCCACGAGACGGCGCUGGGCUGCGAGAAAAACAAGCUAGGCAACCAGAAAACGCUGGGCCACCAGACCACGCUGAGCCACGAGAAGGCGCUGAGCCACCAGAGUACGGCGGGCCACCCGAACACGCUGGACCACGGGAAGGCGCUGGGCCACCAGAACACGCUGGGCCACGAGAACACGUCGAGCUACGUGAUGGCGCUGGGCUGCCGAAAUCAUCCUGACAACGAGAACGCGCUGUGCCACGAAAACGCACUGGGCUACGAGACGGAGCUGCGCCACCAGGGCGCGCCGGGCCACGGGGACAUGCUGGACCGUAAGAAGGCGUUGAGCUACCAGAAAACGAUGAACUGCAGCUGCGCGACAGGGCUAGGCUUAGAGAACACGCUGGACCGCGAGAGGGCGCUGGGCGAACGGAACUCGCUGCGCCAUCAAGACACGCCAGGCCACGAUGCGGCGCUGAGCCGCCCGCAGGCGCUGUCCCACAAGAAAACACUGGGCCACGACAUCGCGCUGGCCUACGAGAAGGUGCUGGGUUACCAGGACAAGCGGGGCCAAGAGGGCUACAAGACGGAGCUGCGCCACCAGAGCGCGCGAGGCCACGGGGGCAUGCUAACACGCGAGAAGGCGUUGGGCUACCAGAACACGCUGCGUCACCAGGGCGCGCAAGGCCACGAUUCGGCGCCUGGCUACAAGACCACGCUGGGCCACCAGAACCCGCUGGGCCACGAGGAGGCCCUGGGCCGCCAGGAAAAGCUCAACCACCAUAGUGCGCCGGGCUACGAGAAGGUGCUGCGCCACGAGAACACGCUGGGCAACGAGGCGGUGCGCUACCAGAACACGAUGCGCUACGAGAGCGCACUGGGCUUAGAAGGCACGUUGGGCCAACGCAUCGAGCUGGGACGAGAGGAGGCCCUGGGCUACCAGAACACGUUGCGUCACCAGGAGCUGCUGAAGUUGGGCAUUGCUCGCGGCGUCACGCCCACCCGGUUCCGAGAGGCUCUUUGUGAGCACUUGAGUGGAAGAUUGGACAUCGAGCCGCUGACGCCCCAGAUAGAGUCCGAGGCCUGCUUCAGCUCGAUGCUCGCGAGCCUGUUCCUGGCCCCUGACAGCCGACAGCGGUUGACUCGCAUGACUCCCCGGUACGUGCUGCAAGAGCGCGCAGCGCGGCGGGGCCUCGGUGGUUACACGGAUGCCACAUCUUCGGCCGGUGCGGCAGCAUGCCACGACAACCCGUUGGUUACCAUUUUGCCAAGAUGGAUGGCACGUUUCUACGGAGUCGGAGCCGUUGUCGCGCAGUGGAUCGUCUUCGGGGCUGUCGACUGUCGUGACGAGUCGCAGGUUGUGCUCCUGAAGUUGCUCCACAUGGGCGCCCUCGCGUCUUGCGUGACCAUCGCAAAGGAAACGAGGGACUUGUUGUUCUACCUGGCACUGGCCCGCCCCGUCUUGGGGGACUUUCCCCGGGCGGCUUUGCAGACAGUCUUCAGACUGAAGGUCUACGAUAACUAUUUCCUAUUCGUCUCCGUCGCCAUCGGCAUCGCGUCGUCUCUCAAGGCGGCGCGCGACGCGAGCGAUCGAGCCAUGGCGGCCCACGGGGCUUCGACCGCGGACUUGACCCAUGAUGGCGUGGGCGGCGAGGUCAACAUCGACGUCAUGGGCAACGAGAGCGGCAGCGACGGAAGAUUUCAGAUCGGCAGCGAGUCGCCUUCCUCGCCCGGCACCGUGGAUCUCAGAUCGGCCGCCGCCGCCAAGGUCGUGAGCGCGGGCCGCGCUUGGCUACUGAUCUCGUGCCACGGCUCGCGUCUGCAGCGGCUGCCUUCGCACUGGAACUCCGCGUCGGCUCAUGGCAAGUCCCCCGGCGCGUCUGGCGCCGAGUACGGCAUCGGCGAGUUCCGCACACCGUCCCUCGGCCAGCUCCGGGAGGCCGCCCGACGUCAGAUCCAGGACCCCAAGGUGGUCCAGGCAGCUGGGCUCCGAGGUCCAUUGAGGGUCGAGCAUUCCUUCAACGAUGCCGCGGAGCUGCACAGGAGGCCAGAGAAUCGCUUGGCGCUGUUUCAGGUCGCCUCGCAGACGAAUUGCCUCUCGCUCGUGUCCCCGACGUCGACCCCGGAGAUGGGGGUCACGGCCUACAUCGACGACCGCUCGCAGGGGCCAUGCUGCGCCAUCGCUUGCGGAGCGGGCACGGUCUUCAGGAAUUACUUCGCGCAGGUGCCUGGAGGCGGCGCGAAGCAGGUCGGCCAGAGCCAGGACCGCCAGCUGAACUGCCUGGAGGAGCUCUGCGAAGAGCUGGGCAGCGAGAGCAACGGGUACUUCGAGGUCAGGGGCGGCUUCACGCUGGCGAGCGACGCGGGCCUUCAGGACCUGAACGCGAAGCUCGCGGGCUUGGAUGAGGAAGGCCUCGAUCACUUGCGCUCAAGGCUGCGCGUGGGUGUGCACGAGGACGUUGAGGUCACCAGCUACCACUGGGGUUGCAGCCUGCUCCGAGACCCAGAGCAGCUCGUGACGCAGGUCUUUACCUCUGUGUGCUCGGUGGCCCAAUCCGGCAACGAGCCCGCCCUCUGGCAGCCCCUGGCGCGCCUCACGCUGGAGGCCACCUACGAGGCGGCGCUGUGGGCGGCAGUGCUUUCCGCCAUCCGCAACAAGGGCGCCCAUGGGUCGCUCCGCGUCUACCUGACUACCGUCGGCCGCUGUCUGCUCGGGCACGGCGCGGCGUGGAUCGCGGAGGCCGUGCAGAGGGCCAUCCAGCGCGUGUGCAUGGACAACGGGCUGGGCCUCCAGGUUUUCCUGGUUGCCUAUAAGGAGCCCGCCUUGCAGGAGCUCGCCGACGUGUUCGAGUACUUCAACUCUGGCAUGCUCUGGCAUCGUAUUCCGACAAGUUGCAGCGAUGGCCCCCCGAGCCAUCCAGGCAGCAAGAAUGCGAGCAAGGAGAGCGUCCGGAAUGUGAGCAAGGAGAUCUUUCAGAGGUGGGAGCAGAAGGUGAUAAAGGCCUUCUGCAACCGAGAGGACAGGUCGACGGACGACGACUCGAGGGAGGCCCUCGGCGUCCUCGCGUUCGAGAAGUCGCUCGACACUGUCGACGGGAUGGACGUACCCGGCAUGGUCGCGGCUGGCAUG